UUGUCCGUGCUGCUCUCUGCAAUCAGCUGACUGCUCUAGAGCAGUGAGCCUCUGCCAUUCAGCGCAUUGUCCUGGCAUCACCAGCUAACAUCAUUAUCCAGAUCCUCAUUCGUCAAUCACUAACCAAUUCUUCAGAGACUGCCCCGCUGAAAUUACAGAGAAAAGGGUCCAUCAGCCCAGAUCCGUGAAGGUUCUACUUCUCCUAAGCACUUUAUCAGGAAGUUGGAUUAUACCUUGUGUUCACAGAAUAGGUAAAGGGACAGACUGGCCAUAUUCUGCCCAGCAUGAUGACCAAGCCACAGAAUUCCUGAACUGAAGCAUUGAGCUGUGUGUCAUCGGCAGCUCAGAACUCAAUCCUUUAUUCCACGGCCACACAAAGCUACGUGAAUCUGGACUUGAAGUGAUGCCGCACAGUACCCGUCCAACUGGUGUUUUUAUGAGAUUUUAACAUGACCACCAGUAGCCACACAUGUCCAGUACCAGCCGUGAACGGACAUAUGAAUCAUUAUCCCACUGCUCCUUAUCCAUUACUCUUCCCUCCGGUCAUUGGUGGACUCCCACUCCCAUCCCUCCAUGGACUUCACGGCCACCCACCCACCAGCGGCUGCAGCACCCCAUCACCUGCAACCAUCGAAACCCAGAGUACCAGUUCUGAGGAACUGGUUCCAAGCCCCCCUUCUCCACUUCCUCCACCUCGUGUUUAUAAGCCGUGUUUCGUCUGCCAGGACAAGUCAUCCGGAUAUCACUAUGGAGUCAGUGCUUGUGAAGGAUGCAAGGGGUUUUUCCGCAGAAGUAUUCAGAAGAACAUGAUUUAUACUUGUCACAGAGAUAAGAACUGUGUUAUUAAUAAAGUCACAAGGAAUCGUUGCCAGUACUGCAGACUACAGAAGUGCUUUGAAGUGGGAAUGUCCAAAGAAUCUGUCAGAAAUGACAGGAACAAAAAGAAGAAGGAGCCUUCAAAGCAGGAGUGUACAGAAAGCUAUGAAAUGACAGCGGAGUUGGACGAUCUCACCGAAAAGAUCCGCAAAGCCCACCAGGAAACCUUCCCGUCUCUCUGCCAGCUGGGCAAGUACACUACGAAUUCUAGUGCAGAUCAUCGGGUCCGGCUGGAUCUGGGGCUGUGGGACAAAUUCAGCGAACUGGCGACCAAGUGCAUCAUUAAAAUUGUGGAAUUUGCAAAGCGCCUGCCCGGCUUCACCGGCUUGACCAUCGCAGACCAGAUCACCCUCCUCAAAGCUGCCUGUCUGGACAUCUUGAUUCUUAGAAUUUGCACAAGAUACACACCAGAGCAAGACACCAUGACGUUUUCAGAUGGCCUUACCCUGAACCGAACUCAGAUGCACAACGCUGGAUUUGGUCCUUUAACUGACCUUGUGUUCACCUUUGCCAAUCAGCUCCUGCCUUUGGAAAUGGAUGACACAGAGACUGGCCUUCUUAGUGCCAUCUGCUUAAUCUGUGGAGACCGCCAGGACCUUGAAGAAGCCAGUAAAGUGGAUAAGUUGCAAGAACCGUUGCUUGAAGCUCUGAAAAUAUAUAUUAGGAAGCGACGACCCAGCAAGCCUCAUAUGUUUCCAAAGAUCUUAAUGAAAAUCACAGAUCUCCGCAGCAUCAGUGCAAAAGGUGCUGAACGCGUGAUUACAUUGAAAAUGGAAAUUCCUGGAUCAAUGCCACCUCUCAUUCAGGAAAUGCUGGAGAAUUCUGAAGGACAUGAACCAUUAACACCAAGUUCCAGUGGAAAUACGGCAGAGCACAGUCCUAGCAUCUCACCUAGCUCAGUGGAUAACAGCAGUGUCAGUCAAUCCCCGCUGGUGCAAUAAGGCAUUUUCCAUCUACUUCAGACAUUCCCAAUACCUUCUGUCCAGGGAUGAAAAAGCAAGAAAAAACAUUUUUACUGCUGCUUAGUUUUUGGACUGAAAAAAGAUAUUAAAAUUCAAGAAGGACCAAGACGUUUUCAUAUGUACCAAUAUAUACUCCUCACUGUCUAACCAACUAGAAAUACAAACUUAAAACUCUAAAAUCGGCUAUUUGAAGCAACCAGAAACUAGUUUAAAGGCUUCUAUUUUCUCUUCUGAACAUUCAAGAUUGCAUGACAAGACUGAUUUCAAAUUGUUUUCGAUUCUGGCUCCAUUUCCGAGGACUCUGUACAUACUGAUGUAUGGCUCUGCUUUCUUCUUUCUAUACUGGAUGUUUGGUGCUUUCUUUUUGUCUUGCAUACCCAAAAUAACCACGGGAUCGAGGUUUCGAACCAACUACCGUCCACGGCCAGCUGUGUGAUCAAGGCGUUUUUGUCUUCAGCUCCCCGAAUUUUCAGGACACGGAGGUUCUAAAGUGGGAAUCUUGUACUUGUCCAGUUAAGAAAGGUUAAAGACAUUCUGAUUUAGUUAGUAUGAAAACUUGCCCUUGCUCUUUUUGAUGCUCUCAGACUGCAUCUUUUCCAUGUUGCCCAGUAAAAGGAUACAAAUUCACUGCACUAGCAGA